GAGACUGACUCCAAUUCGAUUUCACCCAGAAAAGGGGAAAAGCAUCGCGUGAUUCCGAUGAGCUCUCCGGCGAGGUCGACCGUGUCGGCGGCCAGCGCGGGCGCGAUCUCGGCCUCCGACGACGUCGCCGACUCCAUCGACGCGCUCUACCGCAAGGAUGAGGCCAUGGCAGAGCUCAAGUCGGAGGUGAUGGAGGCGCUGCAAAAGGAGGUCAGGUCGCUCGAUGACGACAGCUGGAUGUUCGCCGCGCCCCGCUCCCGCAUCAACCUCGUCUCUAUGUCUGGUGGUUACCUACGCAAGCAGCAGGAAAAAUUGGCUGACCUCGGUCAAGCAUCCAAGAAGACGAGGAAUUUCUAGGAACUAGGUGUCUUCCAGGGAAGCCUCUGCAAGUUUACAAGUCCAGAAUUCUACCAGGCAUCUGUUUGAAGGGAAUCAAGGAACUGUGACCCGGUGUCAAUCCAUUGCGGUUGUGUCCUGCACCCAAAUUUGGUAUGAGUAAUCCUUUCAUGCCAUUGUAAUGUAGACAAGAAAAAAAUCAAAACACUUCACCAGCAUGUUCAGCUAGGCUUAAAGCUCAGUACCAUGCAAUCCUUAUAAACCGUUUAUCUAAAUGAAAAAUGUAGGCGGAUUUUCAUUUUCCACCUCAAAGCAAUGCAUUUCACAGUGAAAUUACGGUUUAACUUAGCGAGGUUUUGAUA